AUGUGUUGUAACCUUGAUAGGAAUGAGGCUGCCUAUAUUCAACGACUUGUUGAUUAUAUUUCAAGUACAUUGCAAUGUAAAACAUUCAAAGUUGCUGAACAUGAAGUGGGUAUUGAUUCCCGUGCAAACAAGCUAAUCAUGAAGUUAAAUGAAGAGAGAUCAGAAGAGAGACUCUUUCUGGGGAUUUAUGGAAAGGGAGGAAUUGGCAAGACAACUCUUGCCAAAGCUGUGUAUAAACGAAUAGCAAAUGAGUUUGACUGUUCUUGUUUCCUUGAAAGUGUUAGAGAAAGGUCAAAUCAACCCGAUGGUAUGGCUAAAGUACAAAUAAAGCAUCUUAGAGAGACCCUAAUGGAUAAUAAAAUAAACUCAGAUUUGGUAGUCACAGAGAUAAAGAAUAGACUUGGAAACAAAAGGGUUCUUAUAAUUCUUGAUGAUGUAAAUCAUGAGAAACAAUUAGCCAGUUUGGUUGGAAUUCCAUAUAAUUGGUUUGGUCCAGGAAGUAAAAUCAUCAUAACAACCGGAUAUAAAUGCUUGCUGGAAAAGAACAAUGGUAAAACAUUCGACAUUGAGGCAUUAAAUGACAGGGAAGCACUUGAACUCUUCAGUUGGCAUGCAUUCCGGCGGAGUGAGCCUGUAGAGGAAUAUAAGGAACUUUCACAACGUGCAAAAGAUUAUGCCAAUGGCCUUCCACUUGCUCUUGAAGUUUUGGGUUCCUGUGUCCGUCAAAGAAGCAAACCUGAGUGGUUAAGUAUAUUCGAUAGGUUGAAGACCACACUUCCCAUUCAUGAAGUUCUAAAGUUAAGGUAUGAUGGCCUCGAUAAGAAAGAGCAGAAUAUGUUGCUCGAUUUGGCAUGUUUCUUCAAAGGAUAUGACAAGGACCAUGUAGGGGAAAUUUAUUGUGGUGUUUUAAAAUAUGACCCAAUUUUUGGAAUGCAAGUUCUUAAUGAAAGUUGCCUCAUUAAUACAUCAAAAGACAACAAGUUGUUGAUACAUGAGUCCAUACAAGAAAUGGGCAGAGAAAUUGUUUGUCAAGAAUCUGAAGAGCCUGGAAAACACAGCAGGGUGACGGAAAAUAUUCAGAGCAUUGUGUUUGACGGAAAAGGGACGUUCCAUGUAAGUGCCCAUGACUUCGAGAAGGUGAAGAAACUAAAAUUUCUCAAAAUCAGUGGUGUGUUACUUGAUAGAUGCCCCGCAUCUCUUUCAAAUCAGUUACCUUAUCUUGAAUGGAACGGUUACUCUCAAAAAUAUUUGCCACGCAAUUUUCAUCCAAAAAAUCUUGUUCAACUUCGACUUCCUCACAGCCAACUCAAACAAAUUUUCAUGGACAAAAAGGUUCAUCCGUCCAUUGCAUUUCAUCAAAGUCUUGUUUCUUUGGAUCUCCGUAAAUGUGAAAAUCUCAGAAGGCUCCCUGAAAGGGUUAAUCUGAUCUCUCUCAGAUCCCUUGAUCUCAGUGGCUGCUCAAAAUUUAAGAAGUUUCCAGAGAUCCAAGGACCCAUGGAUUGUUUGGAACAACUUUUUUUAGAUGGCACUGCAAUAGAAGAUAUACCUCCAUCAGUUAAACAUCUCAAAGGGCUCCAGGUUUUAAAUCUGAAAGAUUGCAAAAAGCUUGAAAGUUUGCCGAGCGAAAUUGGUGAAAUGAAGAGUUUAGAAGUUCUUUGGUUGGGAGGAAGUGAAGUUAUUACUGGGCAGCAACAACUCUCUGGCUUACCACCAAGCUUCACUCAGCUCACAAAUCUCCAGCGACUUUAUUUAGAUGGUUGUUUAAGCCUCAAAACCGUGAAGUCACUUCCAUCGUCUAUACGUUUUGUUCGUGCAAGAGGUUGUGUAUCAUUUGAACAGUAUUCCAUUCCAACAAGUGAAGGUAGUCCAGAUGAUCGACGAUGGAUUUUCACAGACUGCGUCAAACUGGGUAAGAAUCAUGGGAACAAACCAUAUAUGUAUUCAAAAAGUCAACUUAUGUAUAUGUUUCUUAGAAACCAUAGUGAUAGUUUGUAA